AACAGAAUUAGUGACAACAGCAGAAUCUCUUUAAUAAUGCAUCAUUCACAGUUGUAAUCACACACACACUCACCAAAGAAACUACUAUUGAGAGCGUUUUCAGAGAACAGUGUCAUGUUUGAAUGGGAGGCGUGACGCUCUCACAAGAUCUACUUGGGUUAUCAAAAAAACUAUAUAAGGCUGUAUAUCUACACAGCAAAAGAAUUAGGUCAGUGAUUCAGCCAUUUAGGCCCCUACAACUGCUUCAAAAAUGCUGUCAAAAGAUUUAACAUUUAAAAUUUAAUAUAUAUAUUUUUAGUUUAAAAUGUGUGCUGUCAUUCUCUUCCUUAAAACACAAAACAAAAACAUUCAUUUGCAGUAGAUAAAAAAAAAAAAUAGUGACCAUUGUAAAUGGUUUAGAAAAGAAAAACACGCAAACUAGCUGCAUGAAACUAAGUAUUACAGAGCUGUGCCAUGUUGAAAUCUAUCUUGAUUUUACCCGUGUUAACAAAUCACAUGAUGCAGACCUCAACAACAAACUCCUAAACUACUACUACUGCUGCUGCUGCUGCUGCUGCUGCCAUAUGACUGUGCUGGAAACUUCGCGUAGCAGCAACUGUUUAGCUCUAGACAGUCUGGAUGGCUGCAUCACAGAUCAUGGAGAUGACUUCCAGUGAAGAUGAAGACCAAGACCUGAUUGAGCUUGAGGCUAUUAGGAGACCAUACAGAGCAGUGAAAUUUGAUCUGACACAUGCAAAUCAAGAAGACUUAGAAGCUCAGCGCUACCAUGAGCCCAAACACACGAAUGCCCUGUACAGGAAUAGCUGGUCCUCUUCAACCCAGAGGGUCCUGUCCUCCAUGCCUAGCCGCUCUAUCAGAUUUAAUCAGUCGACUGCGCUCUCCCGAUCCACCAAGAUGCGAAGAAGACGACCUCUUAGCAUUGUGUCCACCGCUCACUGCGCUACAGACCAGGACGUCUUCAGAGGGCAGGAGGAUUGCGACGAUGAUGUGACCCAAAAUGAAGACCUGCUAAACAAGCUACAAGGUUUGUCUGCUGGUGAAUGUGUGCGUGUGUUGCGUGAAAUGUCCCUUACUGUCUCGGAGAAGCGCCAGAUCAGAGCUUGGGUUGUCUGUUGGGAUGCUGGACAGCCUCUCUCUGCUAACAGAGCCCUGUGCUGCCAUCAGUUUAAAAGUUUCAUCAGUUUCUUGAAGGUUUUGUGUGGUGGCUGCUACAGUAGAGUCUCCCAGCAGAAAUCCAUAAAGCUCUGGCAGGGAGUCCUUAAAAACAUCAGCGCUCACUUCGGCACCGGGAUUCUGUCCUAUUUCAUCUUCCUCAGAAGACUGUUACAUUACAACAUCCUCCUCUUCCUCAUCACCGGCCUUUUCCUGGUCCUACCACAAAUCUCAAAUCCUCCAUCAUCAAAAAACAAACCCGCAGCCACAGCUGACCUCUGGAUGUUUACUGGCAUGGGCAUUCUCACAGACUCUGUGAUGUUUUAUGGCCACUAUGCCAACUCCACCAAUGGAAACUGCAAAGCGGAAAUGAAACUGUGUCCAGAAAAUUACAACAUACCACUGGCGUAUAUUUUUACUAUUGGAGCAGGCAUGUUUAUCACAUGUGUAAUGCUUGUUUACAGGAUAUCUAAAUCAUUUGGAAGGAGUUUCCGCACAUUCAAGACUACCAGUAACCUAGCUUUAAAGGUUUUCUGCUCUUGGGAUUUUAAAGUCAGCAAGAAACGAUCUGUUAAGUUGCAGUCGGGGAACAUCUGCAUUCAGCUGAAGGAGAUGCUGUCGGAGCUCAGCUGCAAAAAACAGAAGAGAAACUUGUAUUCAACUUUUGGCUGGUUGAGUCUACACUUUCUUGUAUGGUCUAUUUGCCUCCUUUGCAUAGCUGCCUGCAUGCUGGCUGUUUACUACUUACACCCUUACAUUGACCAGGGCAGUUCCAAGGUGAACUCUUUUCAGAAAGCCGUCGGCUUGCUGAAACUGCCUUUGGUCAUGUCUUGCGUCAGCCAUCUAUUGCCUGGAUUCUUCGACAUGUUAUCCAGGGUAGAGCAUUACGACUCCCCGAGAACUCAGGUUUACGUGUCCAUUGCAAGGAACCUGUUGUUGAAGGGUUGCAUUUUUAGUGUAUUGUGUUACCAGUGGCUCAAGAAAAUUUCUGGCAGGAAGAAUGAACAAAAUAAACAGCAGUGCUGGGAGACAUUAGUUGGUCAAGAGCUUUACCGUUUGGUUUUAAUGGAUCUGCUAAUUGCGAUGUCGUACAUCAUCUUAGCAGAGUUUCUGUGGGGGCUGUGUAUUAGAAACAUCACAUUAAGAAAAAGAAAACUAGAGUUUGACAUCGCGCGAGAUGUUCUGGAGCUCAUCUAUAGUCAAACGCUCGUGUGGUUUGGUGUGCUGUUUUCACCUCUGUUGCCUGCAGUUCAAAUUGGGAAACUAUUUCUACUGUUCUACCUCAAAAAGACGAGUUUGAUGAUGAACUUCCAACCACCCAGGAAACACUGGAAGGCCACUCAGAUGAACGCAUUAUUCACCAAGCUCCUGUUUUUCCCCUCCUUUGCUGGGGCCCUUGCAUUUGUCAUUUAUACAAUGUGGAGGGUCAGGCCCUCGUCUGAUUGCGGGCCCUUUAGUAACCUCCGCAGCAUGCUUCUCUUAGGCAAGAGGUGGAUCAGGGGCCUGGGCAGGUCAAACCCCAGUUUUGUUUGGCUCAGCUGGGCUUAUAAUAACCUUGUGGACAACCCUUUGUUCCUCUUCACCCUUGUAGGCCUGUUCCUCGCCAUUAUAUACAUUCACAUGCAAGUUUUGGAUGGCCAAAAGAUGAUCAUUUCUAGGUUACAAAAACAAAUAGACAAUGAGGGUGAAGAUAAGAAGUUCCUUAUAGCUAAAGUGCAGGCCCUCAAUGAGGCGAGUGCUCAGCAGUAAGGAUGUCUGGAUUCUACAGAAAUGAAUUUGGAAGAAUGCAUUGUGGUAACCCCUUCAAAAUAUAUACCUGAGAAACCAGUGCAUCUUAUAUAGAACUCGGACAACAGCUGUUUUGUAGUGUUAUUGUCAUUUAGUCAUAAAAACAUAUUUUGAAAUGUAAAUGAAAAGGUUCAUUUUUGCUUAUGGAAAUGUUUUUGUUUGUCAGUUCUUUAUGCCACUGCUCAAAGGCUCAAUUUUUUUGUAUGGUUGAGGAUGUGAUAGUUUUAAAUAUUAUUCCAAAAACUAUUUCAAAAAGCAACAGGCUAUCAACAUGCAGUCAAUUAUGUAGUGUUUAAUGCGACGUGUUAAUGAUGAAAUCUCUCUGGUGUGUUUUGAAAGUUUGAAAUCAAUAAAUAAAUGCGACAUAUCUGCAAAAUACAAUUAUUUUAUUAUUUGUUUAUUUGAUUUUUUUGUAUACCGUAUACUGUAUGACAUUUCCACAGUGCUAAUGUCUUUUGUUGAAUAAUUGUUAAAUACAUUUUGUGAUAGAGAUCAGCUGACAGAAUAUUACUCCUUAUUUUCAUUUGAACAAAGACUGCUAAGGCCACUUAAUAAGAGAUUGUAAUGUACAGUAUGUGGUAUGGGCUACGGAUUUUGUUUGAACCUGUCAGACUGAAAUCUGAAGAAUUUGGUCACAUGCUGCUGACCAGAGCUCAGAAUCCCAUCAAGUAUUGCACUCUGUGGGAGGAGUUUCUUUUAUCUGUCUGACAUCCUCCUUAUAAGCUGUAAGGAGCUACUUUGGCUCAUUUGGCUCCCAACAUCACACCAUAUCAACUACAACAGUCAUUAAGUCAUCUGAGUAAGUGUAGUUUAUUCAACAAUGCGAUCCUCUAAACAUUUAUACAUCCACCUUCCAGAUGAAUAUAAAGAAUUUCAAUCAUCAGAAGAAUGGGACCAUGGGAUUGUUGUUACAGAUUUGAAUCCAUAUUUGACAGCGAGAGAGCUUCGCAGCUACUUUGAAAAAUUUGGGACAAUUACAGAAUGUCUCUUCACAAUCAACAAGUCAUCAGGAUGGCCAAAGGGUGUGGGAUUUGUGAGAUACUCAACUUCAGAGGAGGCUAAAGUAGCAGAAGAAGCUGGGCCACACUGCCUUGGAGGUUUUCACUUUCAGAUCAACAAAGUUGUCACACCAAAAAUGUCUGCCCAGAACAUACUGGACAACCAGUUAAAUAGAAGUGUGAAUUAGAAGUGGAAUAUAGGAGCACCGACAGUUACUGGCUGGAGUGAUUUACACUAAACCUCAUCCUACCACAAUGUGAACUAAAAAUUUAUUUAUUUUUUUUUUUGCAUAAUCCAGUGUUAACUUUUCUACCUGACAUUAAAACCCUGUUUGAUUUAAUGUCUGUAUCCCUACUGUAAAUGAUCGCUUUUAUAUGUAUACCUGAAAUGUUGAAUACAUUUAUUCUCAGUACAGCUCUUAUUGAUGUUUAUUGAAAGAUUUAUUUGACUUAAGGAUUAUCUUCAGCUUUUACAACAGAGAGCUUAAGUAGAACUGACUUUUUAACAAAAAAAAAAAAUAUUUUUAUUUGCCAAGACUCAAGAAACAUAGCAAGAAGAUCGGUAAAAUAAUCCAUGUGACAUCAGGGGUUCAACCGUAAUUUUACGAGGCUACGAGAAUUUUUUUUUGUGCGCAAACAAAACAAAAAUAACGAAUUGUUGAAUAAAGUCAACUAUUUUUGUUUUGUUUGUGCACAAAAAGUAUUCUCGUAGCUUUACAGGAUUUACUAGUUGUUGGCAGGAGGUAUUGGCGCAUUGUCUUUCAAGAGAGCAUUUUGUUAAAUAAAAGUCAGUGCGGUUUGAGAUGA